AUGGUUGAGCAGACUUCAGGCUCGACUGUUGUUCGAUUUAGCGAUGUUGCAUAUUACAUGCAUGAUGUGCCGGAGGUCGGCCACACAAUUGGAGCAGGCCAAGUUCGUGAACCUUGCACAGUCAUAGAGAUCGGAAACACUGAGAUGUCGCCCAAAAUGCUAUGCGAAAUUAUUGCCAGAUUCGGACGUUCUGAUGAUGUUUGGUCAAAAGAAUUUUUGAGAAGUGUCGUGAUCCAGUCGCACGGUAGACUGUCCUCGCUCCAGCCAAAUGGGAAACUGCAUCCUGCGUACCGUUUGUACCCAGAUACCUCUGGAUCUUUCAUUGUGGCCACAGUUCCGACGCGUAAUCCUAUUCAAUACAAACCACUCGAUGCGGUUGCGUAUGGAGAGACGUACCCAUCUGCCCUCACAAUUGCAGUGCCAUCUCGUCUUCAUUUCACUAAAACGGACGAGCAGCCUUAUGCAGGCUUCCGCGUAGGAAUCAAGGAUAUCAUCGAUCUAAAAGGACUUCGAACCGGUGCUUCAUCCCGUUCAUACACCAAACUGUACGGGCCUCGGGAACAGAAUGCGGCUGUAGUUCAAAAACUUCUGAGACUCGGCUUUGUUGUGGUUGGCAAGUUGAAGACCACACAGUUUGCAGAUUCUGAGUGGGCAACAUGUGACUGGAUCGAUUACCAUGCUCCUUUCAAUCCUCGAGCCGAUGGAUACCAGGGCCCGAGUGGAAGUAGUGCGGGAAGUGCAGCUGCAAUUGCAACCUACGAUUGGUUGGACUUCACAAUAGGCACGGAUACUCUUGGAAGUAUUCGUGGACCUGCGACUGUCCAAGGUAUCUUUGGAAUGAGAUCGUCCAUCGGCGCAUUGAGUUUUGAUGGCAUAGUUCCUUAUUCAGACAAGUUCGAUACAGUUGGGGGAUUUGCUAGAGAUGCGGAAGCUUUCGCGAAGCUUUCAAACGCACUUUAUGGUCCAGUUGCAGGCUCUGGUUGCAAGAAGAAAGUAACAAAAAUCCUAUACCCAGUAGACUACUGGCCAGUAAAGCAUGAAGAGUCUCAAGCCGUCUUCGAGAAAUUCAUCGAAACUCGAGUCAAUCUGGAAGAGGUUUGGCAAAAGACCAAUCCAGUCCAAACAAACCUAUGUCUAUCGGAAUAUUUCGAACACGUAUUCGAAUGGGUUGCAAAUCCAGACCAGUGGACUGGUUUUAUGAAAGGUUUUCUUGAGGACUACAGAACAACUUUUGGGAAAGCAGCAGUUGUCAAUCCUCAGCUGCAGUUUAAAAGAGAUUAUCUUCCAACUGUGACCAAAGAACAGCAAAACAAGGGGAUUGAGCUACUAAACAUGUUCAGAUCCUGGUGGGAAAAGAAUGUCAUACCAUCGGCUGAUGGAAGCGGGUGCACCGACACGAUUAUGAGAGACAAAUAUCGCGAGUCCGCACAAAACUUCACUGGCAUUGGAUUCUUCUUCUAUAACCUCUCGCCUUAUGCUGGAGCACCCGAACUUAUAGUUCCUGCUGGUCAAACAUCCUACAUGUCGCGGCUUAGCGAAUGCAACGAGUUCCUCCCAGCAGCAAUUGGGAUCACUGGAAGUAAAGGGAGCGACGUCGCCCUUGCUGAAUUGGUCAAUCAAUUACUUGGGACGGAGAAUAGCGUCGAGGCCGGGCCUGUAGCAUUCAAGGUUGUAACGGAUGAGACUGAAUAA